UCCAAUUAUCGAAGUUUUAAACGUGAAUAUUUGGUAAAUGCAUACGACCUGCACCCUGAAACAAACAGGUCAGCACAUCUACAACUCAAAAAGAUGGAUACAGUCCUAUUUCGACAAUAUCACUCUUUCCCGUCGUCAUUACCGUUGUUCUGAAUACGUGGUGGGCUUGAAGGCCAUCGAAGCUGCGAGACGUGAGCAUAUCACAUCAAAAUAUUGGUACAUGAUCCAUCCAUUGAGCAUGUUCAAACAUUACUACGAUCGGUAUUUAAUCAUCAUGCUGUCGAUUUCGUUUUUCUUCAAGCCACUCCAUUUGGCUUUCAAUUCGUAUCGUUUCCUCGAACAGGUGUUUCUUUUGUCGAUGUUUUAUUGGCUGGACAUUACCCUGUCUCUGAUCGAUAUUAUCAUCAAUUUCAUGACAGGUUACAUCGACAAACACGGAGUAGUUUAUAUGACGCUUCGCGAAGUUGCAUGGCACUAUAUCACUUCGUACUUUGUUUUCGACUUGUUAAGUUGCAUCCCGUAUUUGUUGGUAUGUCAACAGGUGACCAAGAAGUGUACUCCGGCGACGUUCACUGUUUUAAGUAUUUUCCAAAGCGUUCGACUGAUCCGUUUGAUCACCCUUUACAAUUUGAUUUCGAUCAUAAUGGGUUACCGCCAGUUCUUCCUCAAGUCCUUUCUUUUGCCGGUCUAUUUGGUGGUGUUGAUCUUACACUGGCUCGCAUGUUUCAUGGCCCUGAUACCUUUGCUCAGAUUGAACGACUUUGGCGACUACCACGACAGCUCCUGGUUUAUAAGAGACGGUUUGCACAUGAUGUCGCCUUGGCCGCAAUACAUACAAUCCCUGCAGCGGUGCAUCGUCCUCACCAUGUGCAUUCGGGAUGGAUUUUACGGUCAGGAUUAUUUUGUGAUCGAGGAAUACGUUUUGAGUUUGUUCAGUCACGUUCUGGGUUACGUGAUCUACUCCAUGUUUAUCGUCCAGUUCUUGAUGUAUACGGGUAAUAUUUUUCGUGUCGAUCAGAAGUAUGUGGAAAUGCUCGGCCAAUUGGAACACUACAUGAACAAUAAACAAUUGCCGGAGCCGUUGCGUCGCAAAAUGCUCAGCUGUUACACAUACAAAUUUCGGAACAAAUUCUUUCGAGAGAAUUUCGUCCGAUCCAUAUUGUCCGAACAUUUGAACGCUCAAACGAAUAUUUAUAUUUUUAAGCAGUUGAUUGCCAAAUCACCGCUUCUAGCGAAAUUACCCGUCCAAGAAGCCUGUCGAUUACUCAGUCAAUCUAAAUCGGAAAUCUAUUUUCCGAACGACAUAAUAAUGAAGGCUUUGACGACCGGUUAUUCGGUUUUUCUCUUGGCGCACGGUUGUGUACGUUUAACGACCGCCUCCGGUAAAGAACUGUGGGUUCUGGACGAAGGAUCGUUUUUCGGUGACAAAUGUCUCAUGCUUAAAGACAGGCGUCGUUCGACGAACGCGGUGGCCCUUGAAAUAAGUGAAGUUUACGAAAUCAGAACUAAAGUCUUGAUACCGUAUAUGAGAAAGUUUCCCGAUUUCGGCGAUACUUUUCGUCGAAACGUUCAGAUCAAAGUCCAGUACGUUUCCGCCAUUGAAAAGGAAAUGACUCUUGAACUCAUAAUGAACAUGUUAAAAAAUCUAGAAACUUGA